CCGGGGCGGAAGAGAGACGAGGAAGAGUCUUCCGGGGCGGAACGGCACCUCCUAUGGAGACAGAGAAGGCCGUGCAUGGGGGAGAGAUGAACAAAUCUCCCAGAAUUCCUCACUCUGACCGCCGGAGACCACCGAUCAUCCCUUCAUAGGAGGGCGACUACCAUACAGCAUGAAACGUCAUCGCACCUCGCAGGAAUCGCUGGAGCGUGAUAAACGCCACGCUGCGAGUAUUACCCGGGUCCUGUCCAUCUACGGGUACAUCACAGACUCCUAUAUUAUUGAGUUCUUCACUGACCACCUAUGGGAGUCGCUCCCGGAAUCGUGGAGGGUUGUGUUGUCAGACCUUCCUGCUCCACAGCUGGCCGAUCAGCUUCUGUGUAAUGGAAACUCAGCAGAAGUCCGUUACAGCUCGGUGUGGCCCCUCAGCCUUCUCGCCCUGAAAGUCACAGCGCACUCCUUGGCUUUUCAAAGGACCCCUCGCUAUGAAAAGAUCAGCGGGCUCCAGAAAAGGCCUGCUGAAUUCCAGCAUAACCACAGCCAGAGCUCCCGGCUGGAUCCUUUGUUCCGUAAACACGUCAAGCCGAAGAAGCAGCACGAAAUCCGGCAGCUGGGCAAACUGGUGAAAAAACUCUGUGACUCCACAAGCUGUGCGGAUGUGGUGGAUGUCGGCUCUGGUCAGGGCCACCUAUCGAGGGUCUUGGCCUUUGGCCUCGGCCUCUGUGUCACGGCGGUGGAAGCCGACGAUCACCUGGUCACUAUGGCAGCCAAGUUUGAUCAGGAAAUGAUCUACAUGUUGAAGAAAGAAAAGCUCCGACCCGCAAAGAAUGGCGGUACUGAGGCGACAAGUAUCCCCUUCCCCAAACCUCCGCGGCACGUCUUGGCAUGCGUGGAUCCUCAGGCACCCUGGGAAGAUUUUGUCAGGCAGGUAGCCAGCAAUGCAGAGGAGACCUCGCUACAAAGCGCGGGAGAGAACAAAAUGGCUGACGACACAUGGCGGACUUUAACUAACGCAAGUACGUCACAUGUAACCACUUCUACAGAGGAAGUAAUGAACUUGAAGACCACUCGUGAGAAUGAAGCAGCUGAACCUUCCGCAGGUUCAUGUCACGUUGUAUCUGAAUCCCGAGUGGACCGCAGGUUUUUAUUAACGGGACUUCACGCAUGCGGUGACCUUAGCGUAGCCAUGUUGCGUCAUUUCGCCAGGUGCCCCGGUGUUGCGGGUAUCACGUCUGUGGCUUGCUGCUACAUGAAACUGACCACGUUGGAGGUGCCGCAGCCCCCCGGCGUUCUGUCUGCUGACUCGGACAUUCGAGAGUUCGGGUACCCGAUGAGCUCCUGGGUGUCGCGCCUCUCUGGACACAAACUGUCCUAUAAAUCCAGAGAAGUGGCGUGCCACGCCAUAGAAGAUUACAUAGCACGCCUUAAAGGUGACAGCGAUAUCCUGAGAACUCAUUGUUACCGGGCCAUGCUGGAGACUGUGAUACGAAAAGUGGAUCCCACCAUGAGGCGUCCUGGGGUGCAGACCAUCAAAAAGGCGCACAGGCUUCCCUUUACCGAGUAUGCUAUGCUUGGACUGGAACGUGUCGGGCUGGACCCCAAUACCCCCUUGGAUGAGACCUCGGUGGAACACAUGUUAUCUCAGCAGCAGAACGUAGUGGUGUUCUUCAGCCUGGCUCUUCUGCUGGCUCCUCUGGUGGAGACUCUCAUACUGCUGGACAGGAUGAUCUUCUUACGGGAGCGAGGAUUUCAGUGUGAAGUGAUCCCGCUGUUUAAGCCGCAGUUCUCUGCGAGGAAUCUGGUUCUGGUCGCUGCAAAGGACAUUUCAGAUUUAGGCGAUCUUCUGGAGGAGACGACGGCGAGCGAAUCAGCCAUGUAACAUCGCACAAUUUUAUUAUUAUUUUAAGUAUUUUAUUUAUUACCGAAUAAAACGGUUAUCCUGAAACCA